UCUUUCAAAGAUAACUCCUCCCAUUGCUUCAUUUACACGAAAAACCCAAGAAAACUCGAUUCAUUGCAGCCUUGCACAGCUUCAAGAAGUCAUUGUUUCCAAAACCUUGCAAGAAUUAAAUGAUGAAUUUAAAGCAUAGUCGACAUUGAGAAGUCAUGUAAGGGGUUUUCAACUUCACACAACUGUUCCAAAGACAAGAAAACCCAUUUAAAAAUUUAAAAUAUUGCGUUAAAACGGCAAUGAUGCACAGCAUAAUCCUGAUGAUCGCUGUGGCUUUGGUAUUACCAGUUUACUUGGAAGCGAUCCAUGGGAUUUACCCGUUCGGGCAUCCUGAAUUAUUUUACAAGAAGAGUAAUUGCAAGCCCAUCCCGGCCACCCUGCUGCUGUGCCACGACAUUGAAUAUGCAGACAUGAGGCUGCCCAACUUGCUGGGGCACGAGACCAUGAAGGAGGUCCUCCAGCAAGCAUCCUCUUGGAUCCCCCUGGUCCAAAAGCAGUGCCACCCUGACACCAAGAAGUUCCUUUGUUCUCUUUUUGCUCCGGUGUGUUUAGACGACCUGGACGAACCGAUACAGCCUUGUCGGUCCCUCUGUGAGCGCGUGGAACAGAGCUGCGCUCCGGUCAUGUCUGCUUUCGGCUAUCCCUGGCCAGACAUGCUAGACUGCAGUCGCUUCCCUGAAGACAACGAUCUAUGCAUCCCUCCAGUCAGCAUCGAUAGUUUUGUGCCAACUACAAAAGAAGUGCCCCAGGUGUGCGACGCCUGCAAAGAUAAGGAAGAGAACGACAACGAGAUUAUAGAAAAUCUUUGUAAAAAUGAUUUCGCCCUAAAGAUAAAAGUGAAGGAGAUCUCGUACAUCAAUGGAGACACCAAAAUCAUCCCGGAGACAAAGAGCAAGACCAUCUACAAGCUGAAUGGCAUGACGGAACGAGAUCUCAAGAAGACCGUGUUCUGGCUCAAAGAUGGCCUGCAAUGUACUUGUGAUGAAAUUAAUGACAUCAACGCCCCCUAUUUAGUGAUGGGACAAAAGCUUGGUGGGAACCUGGUCCUAACCUCUGUAAAAAGAUGGCAACGAGGGCACAGAGAGAUUAAGAAAAUCUCUCGCAGCAUUCGCAAACUGCAAUGUUAAUUAAGCACACUCCUCAAUUCCCUAUAUUUUUCCCUUUAGUAAUAAUGAUAAUUAUCAUUCUGCACUUUUGCAGCACUGCAGGCUUUUCAACAGUUUACAUACCAUGGAGCCAACGUCAAAUAUCUCCCAAUUUAGAAAUGAAUCAGAAAAGAGGGCUCCAUUCCAGUGUAUUUACAGAACACGCACACACACACACAUACAAACGCAUGCACGCACGUACACACACACACAUAUACCAGACCUGACAAAUCACACUUCUAUACAGCUUAUGUGGCGCACAAUGGUGUUACAAAUGCAUGGAGUUCAUGUAACUGAAAACAGCUGCUUUAAUUUGGCACAGCCUAGAAUAGAAGGAUGUACCCACGGCUCAGUGUUUUAGUUUUUGAUUUGUCUUGUCUAUCACCAGAUUGUGCUGGUGAAAUAGCAUUUUGUAUAAAUCAAAGUCUGCUAAUUUUAUUAUUUACUGUAGCCUAUUAGAAUUUUGUUUUUAGUUUUAAUAACUGUAUGAUAAAGGUGUGUUUCACUACAACAUUUUUUAACAUAUGUAAUCGAGGAUGUGAUGUGGCUGUCAUUUGAACCAUUUAAAUAUGUUGUCUAUGUUUUGUGCUUUUUAAAAGUGUAUGAAUUUGGAAAAAAUGUACCAAACAUACAAUAUUAGCCUUACUGUAAUAUAGUCUGCUCAAGAGUUGUAAAAUACUGCUUUAGCUUACACUGUAAAUAUUUCUGAAAAACAUUUUAUUCUUGUAUAUAUAUAUAUUUUGAAUUGUCAAUUGUUUUUACUUUACACUUAUAAAACAUUUUGUAGCCCAACAACUAACAUUUCACACUGGCUUUCAUAUCAAAUAUUUAAGAAUUAAUCUAAUGCAACACAUUUGAAAGAAAUCUACUUUAAAUGCACAAAAAAUGUUGUUCCUUAAAUAAGCAUCAGGCCAACAGUGUCAAGUUUAUACAGCAGGCCUAAACAGUAAAACGUGUUUAAAAUGUGUUGCUUAUCAGUGAUGUUUAAUUUUUAAACAUUUGGUUUUAUGUUGUGGAUAAAACUGGGUAGGACUACUAUAUUCAUUGUUUAUCUUGCAACAUCAAAGUAAAAAAAUAUUUUUUCUAGCAGUUAGCUUAAAUUCAUUUAAUGUCAUCUGAUAUAUUAACCAAUGUGUAGCCCUUUUAUGCUGUAUGCAGUACUUAUUAUUGUAUGUUUACACCAA